GUGUGUGUUAACUGUCUGGUGAAGUUCUCUGGGGUUUUUCCAACAUGAUGCCACUAAUUUUCUCAUUUCUUCUGGUUUCAGUUUUUAAAACCUGCCUUUGUGAUGAUCCAGUCUGGUGCUACGACUCCCAGAAGGCCGGUAUCGAAGGAUGCAGAGGCCCAAACGAAUGGUGCGUGGUGAAUGUGACAUGUGGUGGUGCCAAACAAUCUCCCAUCGCCAUAAAGGCCAGUGAAACUGAAAAGCCCCAACCGACCAAAUUAAAAUUCACUGGCUAUGACGUGACACGGACCAUGAAGAUGAAGAAUGAUAAAAAAACUGUUACGCUCACAAUAUCUCCUGAAGCCCCUGGGGCCACAUUGACAUGGGGACGGCUUUCACGCAAGUACAAAGCUAUAAGGAUCGAUUUCCACUGGGGCGAGGGUAAUGAAAACCCAGGGUCUGAACACACCAUUGAUGAAAAGCAGUAUCCAAUGGAGAUGCAAGUCCUGCAUUUAAAGGACAAAUACACCAAGAUAGAAGAAGCAGAGAAGGACCCAACUGGAGUAGCAAUUUUGGCGUUUUUCUUUGAGGCAGUUUCUCCCCCGGCUGAAGAAGCCCCGGCUAGUGAACAGACUUAUGAUAAGCAGUCGUACAAAGAUUUGGUUGAAGCUGUGACAAAGAUUAUAGAACCAGACGCUAUGGAAGAUCUACACAUCGCCCUGAAUGACUUGAUCCUCACUGAGGAGGACAUGAAGGACUACUAUUAUUAUAAAGGGUCUAUGACCAAACCCGGCUGUCAGCCAGCGAUCUGGAUCGUGUUUAAGAAGGCUAUUCACCUUACUCAAACCCAAAUUGAUGAAUUCCACAAAGUGAAGUAUGAUGAAGCCAACGCCCUGGUGAAAAACUAUAGACCAGUGCAGCCUCUUCAUGGGAGAGUAGUGCACGCUGGUGGGAUACCCAGCUCUGGUGCAGUCCUCGGGGUCAGCUUCACCUUCAUCCUGAUGUGUCUGAGUGCAGCCCUGGGCUGUUACCAGCUCAUAUAGAGCCACACAGUUCUCACUUUUAAUUAAAAAUCAAACAAAACGUCAAAAUGUCAGAGAACAUGAGGAGUCUUGAAAGAACAUAAAAAAUCUUGACAUUGUAAAUCUUCAGCUUGGCGCUUUGUGGCUGGAUAGUGCUGAAGGUAAAUAACCAAAUAAACAAACAAAACAAAGAAAUAAAUAAACCCUUUAAAUAUAAAAUAGAUAUUAAAUACUAGCAGAUUAAUAAAAGUAAACAAAAGUUUUAAAUCACUUUGUACCAUUUGUAUGUUAUCACUUCAUAGUGUAAACGUUGUGAGUGGUACAGGUGAUUUAAAAGAAAAAAAAACUUGAAAAUGCAUAAAAAUCUUGACAUUGUUAAUCUUCAGCGUAGUGCUUUUGUUUAUAGAUAAACAAACAGAUGAAAUAAAUAAACCCUUUUAAUAUAGGUUUGAAGCUUACAGGAAAAUAAAUUAAUAUUAAAUACUAGCAGAUUAAUAAAAACUGAACAAAAGUUAUAAAUCACUUUGUACCAUUUGUAUGUUAUCACUUCAUAGUGUAAACGUUUUGAGGGUACAGGUGAUUUAAAAGAAAAAAAACUUGAAAAUACAUAAAAACUUGACAUUGUAAAUCUUCAGCUUAGUGCUUUUGUUUAAAGAUAAACAAACAAAACAAAGUAAUGAAUAAAUGUUAUAUAUAAAUAUAUAUUAAGAUAUUCAAUACUAGCAGAUUAAUAAAAGUAAACAAAAGUUUUAAAUCAAUUUGUACCAUUUGUAUGUUAUCACUUCAUAGUGUAAACGUUUUGAGUGGUACAGGUGAUUUAAAAGAAAAAAAAAAUUGAAAAUACAUAAAAACUUGACAUUGUAAAUCUUCAGCUUAGUGCUUUUGUUUAAAGAUAGAUAAAUAAAUAAAUAAAUAAAUAAACCCUUUAAAUAUAUAAUACGUAUUAAAAACUAGCAGAUUAAUAAAACUAAACAAAAGUUUUAAAUUACUCUACCAUUUGUAAUUUAUCACUUCAUAAUUUUCAUAGUAUCACUUUCAACCUUUUGAGUGUUACGAAAUACAUAUAUAAAUAAUCUUGACAUUGUUUAUCUUCAUCUUGGUGCUUUGUGUCUAUAUAGUGCUUUUGUUUGAAGAUAGAUAAAUAAAUACAUACA